UCACACACACACACACACACACACAUACUGAAACAUUGAGAGUGGCGCAUCAGUGAACAGCUCUUCACUCUUCUGAACACAUUGAACACUGUUGUGAAGAUUAAACUGAAUCUUUUGAUUGAAUCUGAAGAUGAAUCCUCCGUGCGCGCGCUGCGGGAAGAUCGUUUAUCCGACAGAGAAGAUCAGCUGUCUCGAGAAGAACUGGCACAAAGGCUGUUUCCACUGUGAAGUGUGUAAGAUGACCCUCAAUAUGAAGAACUAUAAAGGCUACGAGAAGAAACCGUACUGCAGCGCUCACUAUCCGAAGACAUCGUUCACAAUCGUGACAGACACGCCAGAGAACCUGCGACUGAAACAGCAGAGUGAACUGCAGAGUCAGGUGAAAUAUAAGCGAGACUUUGAGGAGAGUAAAGGACGAGGAUUCAGUAUCGUCAGCGACACGCCGGAGCUGCAGAGACUCCGAAAAACACAAGAGCACAUCAGCAACGUAUGAAACUACACUGUUAUAACACUGUAAUAACACAGACUGAGUGUGUUGGGUCUGUCAUUUAAUAUCCAUAUGAUGGGUGUGUGUGUGUGUGUGUGUGAGUGUGUAUGUGUGUGUGUGUGUGUGUGUGUGAGUGUGUAUGUGUGUGAGUGUGUAUGUGUGUGAGUGUGUGUGUGUGUGUGUAUGUGAGUGUGUGUGUAUUUGUGUGUGUAUGUAUGUGAGUGUGUGUGUAUUUGUGUGUGUAUGUAUGUGUGUGUAUGUGUGUGUGUGUGAGUGUGUGUAUGUGUGUGUGUGUAUGUGUGUGAGUGUGUAUGUGUGUGAGUGUGUGUGUGUGUAUGUGUAUGUAUGUGUGUGUGUGUGUAUAUGUGUGUGAGUGCGUAUGUGUGUGAGUGUGUGUGUGUGUAUGUAUGUGAGUGUAUGUAUGUGUGUGAGUGUGUGUAUGUGUGUAUGUGUGUGUGUGUAUGUGUGUGAGUGUGUGUGUGUGUAUGUAUGUGAGUGUGUGUGUAUGUAUGUGAGUGUGUGUGUGUGUGUGUGUGUGUGUGUGUGUGUGUAUUUGUGUGUGUAUGUGUGUGUGUGUGUGUGAGUGUGUAUGUGUGUGUAUGUGUAUGUGUGUGAGUGUGUGUAUGUGUGUGUGUGUAUGUGUGUGUGUGUGUGUGUGUGUGUGUGUAUAUAUAUAUAUGUGUGUAUGUGUGUGUGUGUAUAUAUAUGUGUGUGUGUAUAUAUAUGUGUGUAUGUGUGUGUGUAUAUAUAUAUAUAUAUGUGUGUGUGUGUGUGAUUUAUUCUGGGGUGCAUUUUGGUCUCUAAACACAAUGACACAACACAACUACUAUGCAUACUUUCAGUUUUAAUAUAAAUUACCCAUAAUUCAUCAUAUAAAAUAAUGCAACCUGACCCUGUGAAUAUGGACGACGAGAGAACAUGGACAGGAUUUAAUUUCUUUGUGACUGGAGUGAUUCUGAGAUGUACGUUCUGAGAUGCAGGUGAGAUAAUCUCUCUGUUUUAAUAUGUAAUUAAAUGCGACCCAUUUUACUUCUGUAAUGUGUGGUACUUCUAAAUGAAACAUGAUAUUCAAGGAAAUAAUGUAUGGCGGGACUUUUGUGCGUGUGGGAUUGAUUGGAUUGUGUAAAGUGGCAGAGGUGGAGCAAGUCAUUAUAUUUUGAUGAAAGAUUAUGAAGACAAACAUCUCUUUCUAACAUGCACUUAACACCAGGAACAUGUAUUAAGAAAGUAAAGUUUGAUUUCAUGUGGACUUUAAAUGUGCUCUGAGUUAACCUCUCUCUCUCUCUCUCUCUCUCUCUCCCCUCAUGUGUCUGAUCUGAUGUCUCAUGAGGUCUCAUCCAGUGCUCAUGUGCUUCAGUGUGAGGAGUCCAGUGGAGACGCUGCUGAGAUCUCAUCAAGAGAAGAGACUCAUCUGAUGUCGUUCUCAUGAGCGUGUGUGUGUUCCUCUGUUGUUUUGAUAAAAUAGUGAUUGCAGUGCAUUUUGAAUCUUCUCGUGUGUUUCAGUUCUGCUGUUAAACAUAGAAAACGAGUCCCUCCUCUGUGGGCCUCAGUCCCACAAUAAACCCUCACUGCUCGCUCCGAUAAUCCCGCUGCUCAUUACUGUAAUUACAGUCAAGCAGAUCCACCCGUCUGUAAGUCAUGUGAAUGAGUUAUAAACACUGUUAUUACACACACUGGAAUGAGAAAAUGUGUUUUUUCAGGACCACAUGUUUAUAAACAUGUUUACUCAGUUUUAUAUUUACAUCCAACUUGUUUUUUGUUUUUUUGUGUCAUUUAAAGCAGCGUUCUGUCAUUUGUUUGGAUGUUAAAUACUUUUUGGUGUGUCCGUUUAAUGUUCAGAGUCACUGUCAGUAAUCUAUUAGUGUAGUCUGAUGUCCUGAAGAGUGUAAACAAUGAAUCUGUGAGGAUUUGGAAACUUUCAUCUGUGUCUUUGCAGCACUUUAAUAUACAUUUGCAAUCGCAAAUCUGUGUUUAUUGACAACAGCUUUGAAAGCAGCUGAUUCAGUCAGAAAUAUCUGUUAUAACAUGAUAUUUAGUGAUAAUAAAUAUGAGAGCAUAUCUGUUAUUAAGAUUAUAAUAAUAAUUCAUAAUAUUAAUAACUUUUUUGUCUUUAUGUUAUUAUGAUUUGAUAAUGCUUUUGUUUUGUGCUGUCCUGUUAAUCAUGAUCAUUCUUGAGCUGGAGUUCUGCAUGAAUAUUGUGAAUAAGAGCCAUAUGGCGUCUCAGUUUCAGCAGCAUCAGGCGCUCUUGGCACACACACACACACACACACACGUGUUUGGUUUCAACAUGGACACACACAGCCAACAUCCCACCUGCCCAACACGACUCCAUCACACGGAUACUGUGUGUGUGAAGAGAAUAAUGUCUGUCUUUCAAAUGAUGAA